CAGAUCAAUUCUGCCGAUUUCAGCCUACUAUGUUGGAAUUCUCCGUGCAACAUGCCGAAGUCGCUCUUUCCACGGCCGCCGAGAAUGUGGGAGAUGGAAUUCAAGGGCACGAUAAUGACACCGAGUCCUUGCAAUUGUUGUCGCAUCUUGAUCCUCCCGUCGAUACCAUAUACAUGAUAUGCGGUGUACUGAUCGCCUUGGUGUUAGUCGGUGUCAUCAUCGUCCUCUUGGCUGUAACAAUCAGUAAGCUGCGGAAACGAGAAGAUCAUACGAAUACGGUACAUCCAGAUGCAGCCGUAGUGCAGACAGCAACGUCGCCGGUUUCGACGAUUGUCGCACAGUCUUAUCCUGUCGAAGGUUGUACACAGACGUCAAUGACUACAGCUACAGAUCUGGGAAAUAGCACAGCUGUAGAACAGGAUAACAAUGUGUAUACUAUGGCCAAUACGACAGAUCAAUUCGUCUGGCAGUUUCCGCCUCCUUAUCCACCGCCGCACACACCGACACAGUAUGCGUUGUACAACGACCAGGUUGGAUUACUUGAUCAUUUUAGUGGCUGUUGA